UACUACACAAAGUUUUUGACAAGUCAAAACAUGCUCUACUUGUACUACAACACAACUACAAACCACACAUUUAAGAAACCACAGAAACAAAGAAAAACACGAUUUCUCUCUUUAGGUUUUCUUGUCUACAAAAGCCCUCAGAAUCCUACCGUUACCAAGCCAUGGAUCAUGACAACAUGCAUAACAUGUCACCACCAUCAUCAACGUUGGCUUCCGACAUGAUGAUGACGAUGCACAUGACGUUCUUCUGGGGUAAGAACACGGAGGUUCUCUUCUCCGGAUGGCCCGGGACAAGCUCCGGUAUGUACGCUCUUAGCCUCAUCGUUGUUUUCCUCCUUGCCGUAAUCACCGAGUGGCUCGCCCAUUCUCUUACCCUCCGUUGUGUUGGCUCCACUAACCGCGCCACCGGGAUCGUUCAGACCGCCUUGUACACACUCAGGAUUGGCCUCUCCUAUCUUGUGAUGCUUGCGGUGAUGUCCUUCAACGGCGGCAUUUUUAUUGUCGCUAUGGCCGGGUUUGCCGUCGGUUUCUUUCUCUUCGGAAGUACUGCUUUCAAGAAACCCUCCGAUGACCAGAAAACCGAUAAACUUCCCCCGCUGUCGUCAGGUUGCGUUUGAUGAAAAUUUUCUAUAAAGAACUUUCUAUUUGUGAUGAGCCCUUUGUCACAAAAAAAAAACUUUCUAUUUGUGUGGUUUGCUUUGCUUUGAGUUUUAAUCACUUUGUCACAAUUGAUUUUCUUUGGUAGUUGUACAAAUAAUUUCAACAAAGAAUUUGAUUCUUAGAACUAAUAAAGUUAAU